GCCGUGGUUGCCGACUCGGCGCCUGCGCAGUGCCUGUUCUUCUGUCCUCUGGGUUAAGGUCGUUGUGGCUGCUUCCCGGUUCCUGAUGUUGUCGUUGAUGUUUCGCUCCGGGCCUUUUGGCCCCUACCUGUCCGCUACCACUAACACCGUGGCGUCACAACUCAAGCCGCUGGUGUCCGGCCCGGUGUCCAAGGCCGAUGCGGUGAUCGUGGAUCUCAAGAGGCCGUUCCUGUGUAGGGAGUCGAUGCAGGGCCAAGCGGCCCGGACCGGCCCCGCCGUCACCGCCGGCCUCAACGUUGCAUCUGGAGUUCGAUAUGCACACAGUGAUAUUAAAGUUCCGGAUUUCUCUGAAUAUAGACGACAAGAAGUUCAAGACCCCAGGAAAUCGUCGCAAGACAGCAGUGAUAUCAGGAGAGGGUUCUCCUACUUACUAACGGGAACCACAGCUGUUAUGGGAGCCUAUGCUGCAAAGAAUGUUGUCACUCAGUUUGUCUCAAGCAUGAGUGCCUCUGCUGACGUGUUAGCAUUGUCCAAGAUUGAAGUCAAGCUGAACGAAAUCCCAGAAGGCAAGAACAUGACCUUCAAAUGGAGAGGCAAACCUCUUUUCAUUCGCCACCGUUCAACCAAGGAAAUUGCGAUCGAACAGGCAGUGGCCUUAACUGAGUUGCGAGACCCAGAAUUAGAUUCUGACAGAGUGAAAGAUCCACAGUGGAUGAUUGUUAUUGGUGUCUGCACUCAUCUGGGAUGUGUGCCAAUAGCCAAUGCUGGCGAUUAUGGUGGCUACUACUGCCCCUGCCAUGGAUCUCACUACGAUUCAUCAGGGAGAAUCAGGAAAGGCCCAGCUCCACUUAACCUGGAAGUGCCACCAUAUGAGUUCAUUAAUGAGGAUCUUGUAGUUGUAGGUUAAUGUUAUGAACUUUAAAUUGAGUACUUCCCAGUUUUACUGGUGUGUUACCUACUACAUUGAACUGGGCAUUUUUAGCACCAGCUUGUUAUCUUGCUUGUCCUUUGUCCUUGCUAUUUUGAGAACUUGGGAAGAAUGGUGUAAAUCAAGCUCAACAUCAAUAAAUAGUCAUUUUGCCUCAUCCAGCAAUUGUGGUCAUAUUUUUGAGGACUAUGUUUUGUGAUUCCAGCUUUCAAUGGUAAUUGUAGAGAUCAGGAUCAGAAAUUUAUAAACUUGCAGGUGUGCAAGUCACUUAACUGGUGUUCAUAAAAUUGUUUCAUAAAGGUUUUAUGAAACCUUCAUAAAAAUUGUAACCAUGUUGAAGUACAAAUGAAAUUGCCUUCCUGUAAACAGUGUUUAGGUGGUGCUUGUUGGAAAAUUUGAGUUGUAUUAUACACAGUAAAUUUAUAGAACCAGUUUAUUUUUUAAAACAAAUUGCAACCUGCUGAGAGAUGAUAUAUCUGCAAUUUGUUUCUAGAUACAGAAAUAUAGAUUAGGAUUCUGCUAAGUUUAAAAUGCCCUCUAACCAUUUUCAGCAAUUCAUGCAAUCUACUUUCAAAAGUCAAGACCAUUAAUCAGCUUAGCUUUAAGUGUUUUAUAAGAUGCUUGCUUGGCCCUAAUUGUCAACAAACCUAUGUCCAUCAACCUGUAAAUGAGCUAGAGUUCAUGGUAACUUCAUUGUAAACUUCAUAGAAAAAUUACAUAUGUUUUUUUACUGGAGAAAAGUAAUUGGUUUUUUUGUUAAUAAAGUAGAAAGACCACCCCAAUGCAUAUGUCAUACCUCACCGCCCCCACCCAACCUCCCCCCACCCUCCAAGCUUUGAGUUUUUAAAAUCCUGUAUAAAGCUGUGCCUAAAGCAACUGGUUUACCAUAGAUUUGCAUAGCCUGGCACCAGGAAGUAACUAAUCUUGUGUUGGUAAAUUUCAUACAAACAUUUUCCUUUGAAAAAUGCAAGUUUAUAAAUGUCUGAAUUUACAGGUUGGUUAUGUUAUUUUAAAAAUGUGACCAACGUCCGGAAGAUUUUACUUUUAUUUAUUGCUUAACAUUGAAUGACUUCCACUUUGUAAAUUUCAUUCAUGGCUACUUUUUAAUUUAGUACAUAUCUGUAUACAUGGUCAAUUCCAUAGUUGAAAAAGGCUGGAAUGGUAAUUAAAUCUAACCUGAAUUGGAUGUUUUUGAGAGUCUUAAUUGGAAAACUAUUUUAGAAUGCUUGUGCUAAUGCUUUGCGUCCUGUGAUGAUGAUGUCAUUUGGAUUAUGAUUUUAAAUUGGCUCUUAUCACCAGGAUGGGAAAAGGAAAGUCACCCAUCGUUUUCAUUUCUCAUUUAAUGUUUUUCAGGAAGUUUCCUGCUAGUUCCUAACUGUCAGCAAACCUACCAGAAACACGCAUGUUGAUAUGCAAGAAUGCAUUUAGUGUUGGCACAGUUAAUUAGCUCACUUUAGACUUGCAUGCAGAAUGAUAAUUUGGCCAAAAAUGAGAGGCCCUUGGCACAUAGCAUCUUCAGAGUGCGAGGACCAGUGUUUAAAAGAUAUUAUAAGAUUAUCAUUAUAUAGCAUAUAGGUUAAUUCUAAAGCCAUAUGACUGUUUUAUAUAUCCAGCUAACAUGCUCUAACAAUGAGACAUUUUGAUACAUGCACUAAUCCACAGCCAUUAUAAAGUAUUUGCAUUAGCAGCAUGCAUAAGUGUUAUGCAGCAGGAUAGCAGGAUCAUUGUUGAUAAUUUCCUCCCCUCUUAACUCUAAGAGCUCCAUCUAGUGGUUGAGCUAGUGAUUGUAAAACAUGCCUGCAGUGCAGUUUAGUUUGAAUACCAGUUUAAAAAAAAGUUAUAACCGAUUAGGGUUUCACAAUAAUGUUGAAGAUGACAUUCUCUCUUGUUUUCUCAUGAUUUCCCUCUUCCCUGCAGCACCAUGUUUCAUCUGCUUCUGCCAAGAGAUCUGCUGUCAUGGUAUGCCACAUUCGCCUGUCUUGUACCAUCCUCACAUAUCCGCUGUGGCUCUGCAACCGCUCUAGAUUAGGUCGAUCCCUCUUUCUUCUGCCCUCCACUUUGCCCUCUAGAAGAGAUCUCUAGUUUUUUUAACUCUGAUCAAAUGGCUGAGAUAAUGACAGUUUCUUCACUGGAGUUAUAAGUUAUAUUUGCUCUUGCAAUUUCAGGUGUAAAUUUCAGUUGUCUUAUGGUCUGUAUAUGGAAUUUUUAGCAUGCAUCUCAGCAUCCACAUUUCAAUGGCCUUUAUUUUCUUCCAUAGACCUUUACUUAUUGUCCAGGUUUCUGAGGCAGACAGGAAAGUGGAUAGAAUGUAGCAUCUUCUGAGUUUUUUCCUGUUGCAAGCUUGAGUUUUCUUGUUAACACAUCCUUCAUCUUCACAAAAUUACUCCUGUCUCUCUCUAUCCUUCUAACUUGUGCAUUACAUCUACCAUCUUCUGUUAUCAUUAGUCCUAAAUAGACAAAGUUAUCUACUUAUUCUAGUGUGACACCAUCCACUUAAUCUUCACUCUAGCUUCUAAUGUAUUCCUUCUAAUUAUCGUUGUUUUGUCUUUAUGGUGUUCAUACUCAAUCCAUAUUGUAAACUUUUACAUUUUAUUUGAUCUACAAUAUUUUGUAGGGCCUCUUCUGAUUCUGCAUUAACAAGUUUAUGUUUUUGCUUCCAAUUUUUAACCCCUGGAAGUACGUCUGAUUCUCUGAAUAUUUGUUGUGUAUAUUUUCAUUUCAUUUUUAUAUUGUACAUAUUCGUUUCAUCAGUAUCUUUAAAUAUCAACUUUUUGAUUUUACAUGGGCCUGAGGAUUUUCAGCUCAACUAUAGUGGGAAAUUGGAGCCUGGAGGAUGGCAAGAAUUGAGAGGAAUGCCGGGUUUCUGUGCUCCCAAUUCAUGCAGGGAAAAGGAAUGAUGGAGUGUUCAAACAUGAUAGAGCUUGGGAAGAGGGCAUUUGCUCAUCUCUUGCCUCCUUGUCAACAAACAAGCUAGACAUUUUCUUGAAUCUGGUGUAGAGGUUGGCGUAGCAGUGAAAGUGGGAUGCAUACCCUGACCUUAUUCCCUCAUAACUGUGGGAGCUGCAAGUCAUAUCAACUUCCUUGUAAGUAGGGGGUGUGGUGGUAGUUUGAGCAUGGGUGCUGUCUUUCCAGUGUUGCACUUCCUGCCCUCCUGUAACAGGUGCUGUCAGUGUGUAAAUGAAAUGAUUCUCCCUAUCCCUGAGUGUUUAGGGGUCUGUAGUGGAGGUCACCAGCUUCAACAUUGCAGUGGUAAGAAAUGUUUAGCCUCUAAAUAAUCUAAAUUCUUAGAUGCCCUCCACAGUGAGUAGUGCCAGAAAAUGGCAAAUUUCCAUUUUAGGUGACCAGCCUUAGCCACAUGUUCUCAAAUUAGAUGGAGAGGCAAACUACUUUGCUCUACCUGAUAGUGUGCUUAAUUUCCAAUUUAAUGAUACCUUCAGAAGACCAAUCGGUUUUUAUUUUUCAAACCAUGGCCUCUGAAUAAAGUUGCUAAUUUCUGUGAAUCAUUGGCUUUGGAUUGUGGACCCACAGUCAUUAAGAACUACAGUUAGUCUGGUUAGCUGAUUUCAUAAAGGCUCUCAAAGUGAGCAUAGGAGACUUUAAUUGUAUCAGCCUCAGCCAAAUUUAAAAUUCACCCUUGAAUUGUAAAAUCAUCUCAGUAAAUGAAAAGUGAUAGGAGUAAUCAGAUGAAACCACUACUUUGUCCAAUUUAAAUCUGGAAACUAACAAUUAACAAGCCAAAGUGUGGAUUACUAAUGGUUUACACAUCUCCCAUAGGAUACACACAAUUUUAGUGUGUUAUGCUGUAUAGGGAUCAUCAGUAGAAUGUAUUCUUGGCGUUGAUAUUAAAUAUAUAAAACUUAGGUGUAGAUGGCAUCAGCGAUAACUUGUGAAAUGCAUUUAAAUAAUCUUGAAAUUUGCUGUAUUUCAUACAUGUGCAAUUGCAGACCUAUCUCAGCUUAUUUUACUGCUAAUAUAUAGUUUGAAAUUAAUUUUAUUUCCUGUCACUAGUUGUAAUUUUUUGCCCUUUACUAAUUUUAUUCUUGUAAUCAUCUUCCCAAAAUCUAUGGAAUAAAUGGUUUACACUU